GAACGCUGCGCGGUAGUCGGCGCGCACGUAUUUUAGAAAUCUGGUCGGUGGCGGGCGUUGAGUAUUGAACGGCGAAUUUCAGAUGUAUAGACGCGGCGGCGCACGCGCUAACGACCGAACGAACCGCGAAGCCUGCCUCCGCGAUUUAUGCGCUAAACCCGGGCGACGGGGGCGACCAAAGCAGUACGGUCGCGAACUGAGUAUUGUCUCGUCGUUCUCUCCGCCGUUUCGACGACCGUCCGUCGGAUUUCAGACGUCUGAAAAUAAUAUUUUCACAGCCGUAAAAAAACCGUUUGUGUUUCGUCCCGUACAAACGUGUCGUCUCCGCCAUCGUAUUAUUUCGCCGUCGCCGCCGUUCUCAAAGCACAACUGUUCCAUAGGUAAACGAGUACAAUACUUAAUGUAAUUACUAUUCAUUUUCUCACGGUAAUCGAAUUACUUGAAAAAUAGCAAUAUCCGCUUGCCGUGCACCGCGUUAAAAUAUUAUAUUAUACAUUUACAUAAUACUAUUUAUACGUACCCAUUUAUAUUUACAUAUAUACCCGUGUAACACAAUAUUAUAGCAUACGCAUAUUUAAUACUAUUAAUAUAUUAUGUCGGUCGGUUAGCGGUUUUUCGGAAACUAUAUAUUAUUGUUAGAAUCGCUACGCGGCCCCGUCUGUACGGUAAACCGUAAUGCUGUUGGUCCGGUAAUCGGUAUUCACGCCCGUCUUGGGCAGGGCGCCCGUGUCGUCCGCUAAGCACAAAUUUACAGUUUUCAGAAACAAUUUUAACUGCCAAGCGCCUACCUAGGUUAACAUUAUGGUCGUUAUUAUACUUUGUAAUAUCACCGUUGUAUUGUUAAUAAAUAAUACACACGACGGUGCAUUUUUGACACCCGUAUAUUUUUUUUUCGUUUCUGUUUGCUUUUCGUAAUACGUACGAUUUUCAUAAUUUAUAUAGGUGUAUUGAAUCUGUUCAUUAUUUAUAUAUUAUAAUAGAUACGCGAGUAGUAUGCACGACGUGUGCGCAUAACGCGCAUAAUACAGCCACGUAGAUACCGCGGUACAAUACAUAAUAAUAUUAUUGUAACGUAGGCGGAUACGGCUAUCAUCGCGUGCCGCACGCUCGCCGCCGAUAAAUCGUACCGGCCCGGCCCGACACGGCGGCGUUCGCGAUAUUUCGUCGCGAACGCGUCAUCGGGUGUAAUAAAAAUGUACCCAAUUAUAUUAUAAUCGUACCGACUGUACCGGUUAUACGUGCCAACGCGACCGUAGAGAAUAUCGAAACACGAAAUAGCAUUAAGCGGGCUCGCGUAUAUAGACUCCCAGCGUGGGAGUGGCCCACGGGGUUCGGACACCCCUCUUCACGCCUAACAUUUUCCCGCGAUAUACGGUUUUGUUGUUCAACCCAACGAACAUGUAGACGCCUACCCAAUAAUAGCAACGGAAUGUCAUUUUUUUAACCGCGGACCACUUCGCGCCACGUGUGUUUAGACUUUCAGAGCUGGAUGGGAGGCCGCCGAUAUUUUUCAGGGAUCUCUACUAGAGAAGUGAAAACUCAAACAUCGAAUAAACUAAAACGUAGACUAUUGAUACCCGAUAGUAAUAGUUGUCUUAUCGAAUCAAAUAUUAUUUAUUAUAUCUCGGUCCGACUUAAUAAUUGUUAUUUUGAAUGAGGUGCACAUUGAAUUUCUAUAAAACACUUUGGUGGAUAAUCUCGCCGGGGACCCAGCUGUCUACCCUGCCACCCCUACCCGAAACACGCCCAUGACCUAAAUAAAAUUAUAGUCUCACGAUUAUUACUGUCCUGUACCGCCGCCUAAGAUGUUGGGCAUUUUAACGCGUAUAUAGUGGGCACUCGCCCCGGCACGUGAUAUUUUCAACGCCUUCGCCCUUUCCGCCCGACCGUCGCGUUUUCGUGUCUCGUAAAUUAUAAUAAUAAUAUUUCUUAACGUUUUUACAAAACAAUAUUUCCCGUCACGUAUGCAGAAUAAUAAUAUGUCUGCGUAUAGUUUUGGUUAGGUUUCUCUGUAAAAAUUAUGGUUACCUACCAGCAACACAUACAAAUUAAAUCCAUGCCCCAAACUAUCACGAUCACCGCGAAUUGGGUGGGCAGACGGUAUUUUUACAUUCGCGGAGAAUUAAUAUCGCGCAACGUUUCGUCUUUCUCAGUCUCGGCCGAAAAAACCGUAAUAAAGAAAUAAUUAUUUGUAACCGUCAAACGAUAUUCGCCACAUUUCGUAUGUUUAUGCAUCGAUCAUCAUGCAAAGUCGAGUUUAAUAACGAACGGUUUCGAAAUUCAAAGGUUAGAUUAUAAUUUAACAUGAUAUUAACGUCUAUGACGUUUAUGCGAGCUACACCGGCUACAUUGGCGAUCCAUUAACUGCAAUAUUAUUUUGUACAUUUUUUAUUUACAAACGCCUCUUAAUAUGAUACGACUAUAUUUUCAAUUUUGAUGAUAUUAUUAUACUGCAUUUUUUGUUCGUACGUAGGUAUUUCGCUUAAAUUGAGUAGGUAUUUCAUUUAAAUCGAGAAUGACGUAAUAAGUAAUUUAGGUACGUAAACGUAUUUCUGAGUGGGAAAGGAGUACCUAAAUAAACUCGCCUGUUCCUAUCAUACGAAACCAUAAUUUUUGCCGUACAAUAAAUUGUAUUUUAUUAUACCCCACAAUACUGUAUAAAUCUUCCUCCCGGAUUAAUUAUUAUUAAAAAAAAAAAAAAAAUGGCGACGAAGCCCCACCUUAGAACACUUGUGAUUACAAAAAAAAAAAAUCCUUUAUUUUUGACGAGCUUCAGGUCAAUUCCGUGCGCUAGUUUUAAAUUUUAAUGAGGUUGUUUCAUCUCGAGCCUUGCAGUAAUAAAUUUAAAAAUAAGAAACAGACAUCUAUACCCACUAUCAUUAUGCACUUGUAUACAUAUUAAAUGUCUAAAAUGUCAGUAGAUCGUAAAACUAAAUGAUUGUUAUGGUAUAAUAAUCAAAUAAUACGCAACAACAGGGGUGUGUGGGGGGAGGGGUAGCCGGAGGCACCCCUUGGCCGCUGUUAAUUCUUAAACAUUAGUUGAGUGGUAUUUAAUGUUAUCUCAGGUAACUAUCGAAUAGUAAACUGUACCUUAGAUUCUGAGCUAUGCGAAGAGUGUAUAAUAUUGCUUGUACUACGACGAUAUGCGGUUUUUGUUUGAGCUAUGAGCAAAAAUCGGAAAUCUUACUCGAUCAAAAAAUUACUGUAGCUCUCUUGUAGCAUUUUUGGUGUAUUGGUGAUACGAUGGGGAGGUCAUUUUUCGAUUCUCCUUAUAGUUUUCGUAGUAAACGGAAACAAAGUAGGCAAUAAUUAUUGUUUGUAUAAUUUUUGUUGACUCUGCUCAGAAUCGUUUUUCUUUAGCGUUACGGUUUAUCGUUGCGUACAGACGGAAAUCGAAUCAGUCUAUAUUAUAACAUCGUCCCUUCCGAUUCGCCUACAAAGCACGCCCAUCCUUUCUGCAGGCAUCAACAUUUUUUUUAAACGUUUUUCCGUUUUUCGGCACGUGAGCCUCGUAGACAUUAUUGACUUGCACGCCUAUUGAUACUGUGUGCGCAGAAUCGCCAACAAACAGGAUAUAGGCAUAACGGGUGACACGAUGGAGGCCGCUUAUAAGAGUCAUCUUGGGACCAGCACUAAAUGUGUCUUAUGAUGAAUGAUGAUGUGAUGAUGAAUCUUAUAGGCGAAGUGGAGAAACGGAUAGAACGUAUUUCCGGGCCGUUCCAAGUGGUUUUGAAUCUAACAAAGCGACUGAGAACCUUAUACCCAUGAGUCACAUCAGCGGCGUCCACUGCCAGUAUUAUUAUUUUGUCCGUGCGGUAGAUCACGCGCGCGUAUAUCAAAUAUAAAUUGGAUCGCUGCCUCGAUUUACUUCGCGAAUCAGUUUUUCUCUUUUCUUUAUUAUAUCGCGCGUAACGCACCAGCGCACACUCCACCAGUUGGCACAACUACGUUCGCUAUAUUAUACACUCACUUACGCUAUAUCGUACACGCGUAGGCACGGGCGCAUUUUCGCUCGGGAGUUUUUCCGCACGGAACGAUUGAUUUUUGCGGUCGGUUAUUAUUUCGCCGCGUUUAAUGAAACGAUAAUAUUAUCACGGUUGAAAGACAUGCGUGUACGCAGUUGAUCCACUGAAGUGGCGGUACACCACUCAUUAUUGUCUCGGAAAGUAUUGACUUUAUCCGGAAUUUGUUUUCCAGAGCAUUUGAGAAACGAGCUGCUCUACGAUUUUAUAUUUAUGUACAUUUUUCUCACCCUUAUUUUCGGGGGUAAGACCACUAACUAUUUUUGAUUUUCGAACGGCAACCCAUGUUGUAAAUUCCACAAAUUGACGGAGUAUUAGUUGAAAUAUAUUUCAGUGUUGAAAUGUUUGAUUUCUGUCAAGCCGUUGACGAGAUAUUCCACUUUUAGGGUAUAGUAAUGCAUUUUUAACUCGCCGCGCGCCGUACUGCCACACAAAAUAUGAAAAUACUCCACUACGUUCCUCCAACCCAAACUUAAAAGCGGAAUAUCUCGUCAACAGAUUGACGGAAAUCAAAAAUGUCGACACUAAAAUUUAUUUUAAUUAAUACUCCGUCUAUUUGUGGUUUUACCCCCGGAAACAAAGGUGACAAAAAAAUAAUAUAAAUAUGAAAUUGUAGUGCAGCUUGUUUCUCAAAUGUUCCAGAAAACAAAUUCCGGGAAAAUUUAACGCUCUCCGAGAUAAUGAGUGUGCUCACUUAAAUGGAUCACCUGGUAUUGUAACAACAUUAUUGACGAUUUUCGAGCAGACUCGACGACGGCCCGCAAGUGCGGAAAAUUAGUUUUCGCAUUAGAGCGCGGGGACGACGGGGCACGGCAGCGUUACAGCGCAAACAAUAAUAUUUUAUACCGUCGCAGAUUUAUCACAAUAUAAAAUAACGGCACAACAAAACGCAUUUUCCGCCGCGCCGUGCCGAUACGCUUUGCAUUACGCGUUACGUAUUAUUUACGGUACCGUAAAUAACGAAAUACAAUGUGUAGUCCCCGGAUAAAUAAUAAUACUGCACUAUUAUACAGAGCGAAAACGCUUGUGAAUUAUGGAUAAAAUUCACCAUUCUAUUCGACCCAAUAUUCUAUUAUGUAUACACGGGUACGUCUAAAUAUUAUAUUUUAACGGGUGUUUAUGACGAAUGCGAAUUCACGUAUAAUGUAUAUAACCGUAAACGCGAUAGCGAUUCCCAAUUUUGUUUCGGGGGUUUACGGAGAGGAGCGUUGUAUAAAUACACCCAUUGCGAGUCAAUAUACUUAUUAUACAGCGCUAUAGAUACGAACAUAUUUCCGAUUUCGACUGCCGAUUAUAUGUGUGUGUGGUAAUGCUAAGUUCAAGUGGGGCAAAUGGAAACCGGGGUAAUUGCAAACGACGUUAAUUAAAAACCAAGGUGUGUCAUUAAUAUAUAUUAAACCGUGGUACACUAUAAUGUACCCGGUGAUCAAGCGGGGGCCCACGCGGGAAGACAGGGGCGUGCCCAGGGGGUGGUUUUGGGGGAUCAAAACUGCUUGAGAUCUUAAUUACUCUUUCAGUAUCAACUGCUACGGCAUAACGACCUUUUUCGUGUUUACGUCGCAUAAACACAUACUUGAGAUCAACUACCCGUGAAAACCUACUCACAGAAUUAGCUCUUCUAUCAAUCCACAAUGACAUGCCAGUAGACCCGGAUAAAGUAGUUUCAAAAUUAUUAUUAUUUUUAAUACAUAAUGCAUACUAUAAAAAUAAAUUAUGAAAUAUAUUAUGUAAAAAUAUUUUUUACUAAAAAUGCUUUUUAUAUAAUUUCGAAAUUUUUCUUUACAUUUCUUUGCACUUAUACGUGCUAAUUUUAUUAUUUACAGUUAUAACUUAAUAAGAUUAAAAUGUGUUUAUAAUAUUUAACAGUAAUAUAAAAAGAUUACAGUUUUUUGUGUAUACAGUUAAACAGAUUUUACCUACUUAUUUUUAUAAUGUAGUUUUGUGAAUUUGAUACCAACGUUAAAAAUUAAAACCACCCCCAAAACAAAAUCCUGGACACGUUCACACGAGUGACUACGUACCUCAACUAAUCUUUCAGAAAUUUUAGCAUACCUCUAAUAUUUAUUAUAAAUGGAACGCAUGGGACCAUACAUAAUUUUGCAUUUUAAUCAAAAUACAUUUUUAUUAACAUCUUCACUUUAAUGUUUAUCAAAAAAAAUUAAGCUUGAUUCUUUUUUACCACCAAUUAUAACUUACAAUAAAUCUAGUGUUAAAUUUUCAACCAUUUUAGUUGGGCCAAAACAAUUUUAGAUACAUAAAAUCAAAUAAAAGUCUAAAAAAGAUACGGACAUACUUUGCACGAUGGGUGGGCCACUGUUUGUAGCUGAGAAGUUGGGAAGAUAGAGGGGAAAUUUAAUAUAUAUCUGUUCGCAACGAUUAAGAACUGUUAAUGAAAAACAAUACUCUUUGCUCAAUAUUGUUGCUUUGUAAUAUAUACUAAUAAUAUUUAUAUAUUUUAUCCUUAACAUUCUUAUAAAAAAAAUUAAUACUACUUAUACUCUUGUACAUUAUACUCAUUAUACUUUGUAAACUACAAAGUACAACUUAUAAAACGACUUACAAAUAAACCUCCUGUUAAAUUUUUUAGCAUUUCUGUUUGGCCUAAUAAUUGUACCUACCGAACAAAAAUUCCGUACUUAAACAAACCUCUUUAUAAUUAAAAUGUCUAUGAGUAGCUCAAAAAUGGCUUCAAUGUUUUGUAAAUUUGACCACGUCUAGAAAAAUUAAAUGUAAGUUUUUUGUCCAAACUUCAAGUCUCUACAAAUAUUAACUGAAUCAAAUAAAAAAAAAAACAAAAAAUUGAAAACAAUAUAUUUCAUAGAUUAUUCCGUUAUUCCUUUUUUUUUCAUAUUUAUUAUGAAAACAGUUAGGAAAAUCAAAACAAUGUUCUACUCAAAGUACCACCCCAGUCAGAUUUAUUUUUAGAAAAAGUGCUACACUUGAAAAUCGGAACAAAAUUACUGGAAGAAAAUUACCCACAGAAAAAAGUAAAAUCAAUAUAUUCCUCACUCCUCUCAGAAUCUAAAAAAAUUGCCAGAAUUUUUGACAACUGUCUCGAAUUAGCUAUAGACAUUUCCGGCCUCUAUGAUUAUUUAUUAUUUUUAUUAUUAGUCAAUGAAUUAUAUAUAACAAAUAAACAAAAUAUAAUGUUACAAACGUUUUUCUUGGUUUCCCUCAUUAUUUAAACUCUAAUAAGGAAAAUUAUAAAAGGGCUGAUACUGCUAAUGGAUGCGCCACUGUUAUAGUGGGGGAGGGAGGGGGGUUAAAUAAAUAACUUACAAGAUUUUUGACUAAGUUAAAUUUCACUAUAAAUACUUUGGUUUAACUGUUUAAAUAAUGUUGACACCAAAUUUUACUGGGAAAUAUUUACUUGGAAAAUAUAUGGCUCAAUGCAACUUACAUUUUGAUUGAUUCUCGUAGGAUAUAUAAAGUUAUUUAAUUUAAAUCUGUCAGCAAUGAUAAAUCAUUGCAAACGAAAAACGGUUCUGAAAGAAGUUUGUUUAUAUAUGAUUUGAAAGGCUUUAAUAUUUACGAUUUUCAUCAAAAUUUAUCUUAAAACCAUUAUAAAAAAAAUUACUACAUUACACUUUAUUUUUGAUUAUUUGAACACAAUUUAUAAUGAACUUCGUGUUAAAUUUAUAUUUUGACGCAUUUCUGUUUCAUCAAACAAUUAUAUCCACAUAGUACUUACCAAAUAAAAACUAAUAACAAAUAUAAAAUGCCUAUAAAUAGCUUAAAAAUCGCCAAAAUAUUUUAAAACUUCUACCACGAAGAAAACGCAAAAAUAAGUUUUUUUGUCAAAUUGACAAGUCUAAGAAUAUUUUUAACUAAAUUACAACAACAAAUUUAAAAUAAUGAAAUCAUUAUUUCUAAUAAAAUACCACAUUUAGAUUAGAAAUAUGACCAGUGGCGUCGAACCUAAUUUAAGUGGUUCGUAUACCUCCUAGCAUUGGUGGUUUAGUAUAAAACAUUAUACAUUUUACAAUUAAUAUAAAGAGCAGUAGACAUAAUACUAACAAUAAUGCGAACCAGUCUAUUCCAAGACUGCCAUAGUGUAUACUGUGUGAUUCCAUUAGUAAAAGUAAAUAACUAUUUGACUAUCAUAAUUAUAGCUAUUUAAUUAAUAGUUGUACAAUAAGUAACCAGUAUAGUAUCUAAUCAAUUUCGAAAUCUACAACAGCGGCUACAGCUAGUUCACGUUGUUGUACACAAGCUACAAAAAGUGAAAAAUACUCGAUAGAAUAUUGUUAUUAUUUAACUAUUUUUUGUUACAUUUGAGAUUAUAUAUUUUUGUAGUAAAAAAAUAAUAUAUUUAAAAUUAAAAAACAAGGUAAGAUAAUGGGGAUGGGUGCAGUCACUGUUGUAGGUGGGAAGUUGGGAAGAUAGGAUAAAGACGGGAAUUUAAUGUAUAUCUAUGAGCAAACAUUAAUUGCUAACGAAUAAACAAUUCUGAACAGAGUUCAAUUGAUAGUCAGAUUGAUAGUUAUACUUUGUCUAAAAUAUGUCACAUUAUGGUAAAAUAAUUAAAUAGGCAUUAUAUAUAUUUUUUAAUAUUAUUUGUUUAAUAUUGUACCGAUUUUCCCGUUUUUCCCACGUUUUUUCACAUUUGCUGGAACAACUCUUGAGAAAAUCGAAAAAUGAUAUACUUAAGUACCUUCCCAGUCAGAUUUUCUUCAGAAAAAGUGCUAUCCUUGAAAAUCGCAGCAAAAUUGCUGGUAGAAAAAAUUCACAUAAAAAAAAAAAUAAACAUUUUUAUAAAAACAAUACAUUCUUCCCUCCACUCAGAAUCUAAAAUAUUAUACUUAUUAAACGAAAAACAAUAAAUAAAUAUUAAAUAAACAAUAAAUAUUUAAAACUUUAAGUAGGUAUAUGAUAUGUUAACAUAAAAGUACAUAAAUAAAUCUUUUUUUAUAUGUACAAAUUAAACUUAUGUGUUGAAUAUUUUAUACUUUUCAAUAUAUAUGACAUGCUUAGAACCUUAGUAUUGUUUUGGUCGAAAAGAGUCGCCCGCGUCGCAGUGCGUCUGGACGCACUACUACAGCUUGGCUAUAGUGCUGCUGCUCUUGUCUCUUGCGUCAUUAAAACACAUUAAAAAUGUCGAAACAAUUUUGGAUUUUCUUCAACCGAGGAUAAAAUAUUCAUUGAAUUUAAAUAAUCUAAUAGUAAUUUUAGUACUAUCUUGCCGUUUUUGUAUUCAUACUAAUAUGUGAUAUUACAGUUUUAAAUUAGUAGUCACGCAAUUAUAAAAAUAUUUCGUCUAACUCCGAUAACCAUGAGUAUUUCACAAAUAAUAUUAUUAUUAGUUAAAAUUAAUUGUCGUUGCAUCAUUAUGAAGAUAUUUCUAAAAUAAAUAAAAAAAAACAACAUAAACGACUGCGUCGAGAUACGCGUAGAGAAAAAAUGUGAAUGUUGCGUCUAGACACAGCGUCCAGAUGUAUACAAAUUUUGCGUUUGAACGCUGCAGAGAAAACCUACAUGUUUUAAUAUAUUAUAAUAAUUAUUGUGUUCACUAGUGGCGGAUUUGAUUCAUCUUUAAGGGGGCGGGGCAAUAUCCUUUUGGUCUAACAAUUAUACUUUUAACUAACAUGACUAUACAGAACAUGAACUAACAGACGUUAUGAACAGAGGUCGUGGUUAUAAUUUAUUAACACUCUGAAUUUCUAUACAGAUUUCUGAAAAAAAUUAUUAUUUAUAGGUAAUUUAAUGUCUAGGAGGUGGCCAUAGCCCCUAUGCCCUCCCCCUUAAACGCCGUGCCUAAUGUACGCAACGUAUAUUACAUUUUUCCCUAUCUCCGUGGGUAACGAUGGUACUCACGCGGUACAUAAUAGGCGAAUCGAUGGUACAUGUAGUGAUGUCCCACCGGGAAAUUUCCUUGAAAUCACUUUUCCCAUUUUCUUGUCUUUCCCAAAAAUGUAAUUAUUAUGUGACGUAUUAAAUUGUAUUAUUUUAGAAGACCAUAUUAAACAUCUUAUCCGUAACAUUAUUAGACAAUUGUCAAUUUUUUUUUACCCGUCGAUUAGCUCGCCGCUCGCGGUUCGCGUUUUCUAACGGAUAAACGUGCUUAAUAAACCGGGCCAUUAACAUUUUUUUACCUACCUUUUAUCCUUUUACCUAGUUAAUUUGUGUUUAUUUAAAUGUGCACACAACUGACACAACGGUACUACUCGCAGCUGCACAAGUACACAAAAUGGACAUAAUAUAGUAGUGUCAGAAAGUUAAAUAAUGUUCAUAAAAAUAUAUACUUUCGCCGUUUGAAGAACAUUCCCGGAAAAGUGUCCGUCCCCAGCUAGGCGCAUUGUGUAUGUAAUACUUAUAUUGUUAUACGCACGUUGUUCCGUAGGCGGACGGCAUUUUUUUUUUUCGCCCCCUUCUAAUCAUCGUGCAAGAGCACUGCCGAAACAACGUAAUGACGCGCAACGAUACUGCAAUGACUCGCGGGCGGCAAUAACGUGCGCGGAAGGGUGCGGCGACGACAAUGCAGGUCAAGGUUGCCGCGCGCGGCCCAUCCCUGCGAAAAAUAAGCUGCUGCCGUCCUUCCGCCGGCGGGCGCGACAGCAACGUCGCCGCGCGCGUAUAUCUUUUUCGCGUAAUAUUGUCAUCAUUAUCGUUAUCGUUAUUGUUGUUAUUAUUAUUAUUAUUAUUAAUACUAUUAUCGUGUAGCCGUAUGCCGAGGGACCGUGCAGAUCGAAAUCGAUCCACGCGAUAAAACCGUAUUCCCGUCGCGCCGCCGUCGUCGGCCAAUAAUAUUAUAUUGUCGUCCUCGUGAAUGUGUCGUCUCCACCGCCGGGCGUCCGCGAACGUUGUCCCGGCAUAUCGUGUCGUGUGCACUAUACAUUGUAUUAUUAAUUACGAUGUCACGCGCACGCGAUAAGUACGUAUCGUGUAUUUAGUCAUGAACCCCCGGGGGUUUUAUUGUAUUGUAUUAUGUAUACAGGUGCAGGGGAUGAUGUCGUGUAUAUUCGUACGUAAACGAAACGACAUUAUACCGCGGUCAUUACGGACACCGUAUUGUUAUCAUAAUAUUAUUAUGAAUUUCUGUAUUAUUAUUUAACGCGCGGUGACGCCAGUACUCACGGGUGAGCUUUUCCGAUGGUCAGAAAAAAAAAAACUAGGUUCAUUUUUUUGAACAUGUAAUGCAUGCAAAUUUUACGCCGCCGAACGGUUUAAACGAACGGAUUACCGAAUUUCGGUCCGUUUUUAAGUUUCGAAUACCUAUUUAUACCGUGAGAUUUCAUUGAUUAUACUAUACUGUAUCAUGUAUGUUGUAUAUGUUUACGUGUAUAGUUAAUUCAUAUCGAUACCGAUUAUUAUCAUCCUUCGUCCAACCCAGGGGUGACCAAAUGGAGGAGGAAAUAUAUCCCCCCACCCAUGACUUUGUCUCAUUCAAAAUGUAUAUAAAUUUUAUUACCUGUGUAUAAUACAUCUAUAAAAAAGAACAAUGUCGAUGAACAUAAUUGUUGAAUUAUCAGCCUCACACCUCUCUGUGAUGAAUUAUUUGACCACCACUGGCCUAACCUAUUCCAAAUUUCUAAGAAAAUUUGACUGAUAAUGAUUUAUACAAUUUAUUGUUGAUUUAUUGUUUUAUACAAUAUAAUUUUUUUUUUUAUUUAUUGUUUUUAUAUUUAUUUUACUAUAGAAAACAGAGACGAUCAUAACCCUCUAGAAGAACUCCAAAUCAAUUUACAUCAUGCCCGCACCAACCAAAUCAAACGCAGCAAUGUCACCCGACGGAGGUCCAGCACAGCCGGCUGUACCGAAAACUGAGCUACAAGAACUCCAGAUAAAAUCUGGAGAAGUAACAGAUGAAGUGAGCAAAAUUUAAACAUAUAUUAUUUUCUAUGUCUGAUACUUUAAUAAUACAUUAUUUUGUUUUUUUUUCAUGGAUUCAGUCUCUCGAAAGUACCAGAAGAAUGUUAGCGUUGUGUGAAGAGGUAUGAUAUUAUACUUAAAUUAUUUAAUAAAUAUUUAAUAUUUAAUGACUUUGUUUUCAUGAAUUAUUUAAUAUAUUAAAUGCAUAUGUAACUAAUUUAUCUAUAAAUUUAUUAAUUUAAAAAAAAAAAAAAUAUAUAUAUAUAUAUAUAUAAAUUAAUCUGUCGGUACAAAUCUAGUUAAAUCACUCAAUCGAUUUCCAAGGAGAGUAAUACAAAUGUCUUAUAAUUAUUUGGUGUUUAUUAUGUUCACUAAGAAUUUGAAUCAGAAAUAAGCUUUCGAACUUAAUUUUGAAAAAAAAUUGUGCCCAACCAUGCCAUGUUGUUUUGUUUAGUCGUAAUAAUUAAUAGAAGAGGGGUAUUACUGACGUGAAUAAUAUUAAUACUUUUAAGAUAAAAUUAUUUUAAAUUAUAAGUCAAUAUUUUAAUAAAAAUGUCUACCAUUUCAUUAUUACGACUUUAAGAUAUUAAUUUCUUAAAAACGAAAAUUGUAUAUACGUAACAGAUUUCAAUUAAAUAUUCCAAUUUAUUUUAGUUUAUCCAAUAUUACUUAAAAUAGAACAGUAACGGAUCCAGAACCUAAGUUUUUUUUUUUUUGGGGGGAGGGGUUGGGGUCAAAAUCAUUUACAACUACGAAAAUUGGUAUAUAAUUUGCCAUAAUACAGGAAAAACACAUACCAUACUAUGGUGUUGGGGAGGGGGUUUAAUAUGACUAUAUUUCCUCCCCUGGAUUUGCCACUGUAGUAGAAAACCUUUAAAUCACCAAUAUUGGCAUAGUGUUAAUUCCUACAAAAGAUAGUGUUAAUUACUAUAACAAAUAAUAUUAACUCCUACACUAGAUAGUUGUUAAAAUUCAUAAAUUCAAAAAUUCCAAAAUAUUAUAAUACAUUUGUUUUAUAAAUUAAAAUUAGUAAUAAUUACUGAUUUAUUUACGUUAAUUUUUAUAACACACCCUUUUAAUAAAAUCAUGCCGUAAAAUUUCUCCUUCUUCGUAUUUAUUUUUGCUAAUUUAUGUACUCAUAUUUUGAAAAUAUUAUUGUCUACCUGACAAGAUAAGCAGAUAAGCUGUGGAUAGUCAUUGCAUCUAAUUUGUACGUAAAUUUCUGUCCGUAUAUUUAAUAAAACGUUUACAAAUCAAUGUAAACUUAGAUGGCGAUAGUAAAAAUUGCUGUUAAUUAGGAAUGAAACGAUUUACACUCAUUAGAAGAAAUUUUGGAGAAAUCUACGUUUAUAUACAACAAUUGUACAAUAAUUAAUAAAUUCGUGUCCAUGCCUAAAUAAUUCUAAUUUAAAACUUUCAAAUAUUAAAUUCGAGUGCAGAGGUAUGAUUGAAGGAUGACUUGAUUCUUAAUCUUCAAUAUAAAAAAACUAGAUUUGAACCCCACCUUUUUCAUGUGUGGCCUUCAAAAUUUCAGAAAUAGAAAUGUUUGUAUUGUAAAUUAUAUAAUACAAAUAUUUUAACUACAGCAAAAGGAUUGUUGAUGUUUACUAUGUCUAAAUUUUAUAGCACUGCAUUAAAAUAACAUUUAACCGUAUGCAUACAAUAUACAAUGGGAUGUAAUAAUUACGAGGAUGAUAUUUUAAAUAUUAUCCUUACAUUUAUUAUUAUUAUUAUAUAUAUAUAUAUAUAUAUAAUUUCUAUUUCAUUAAAUCCGAUAUUAACACAAUAAUCAUAAACAGAUUUGUUUUUUUAUAGGCGUGCGUGUAAAAUAUAACAUAUAUUAUAUAUUUGUAUAAUAAAAACUAGCUAAUAAUACUAUUAUGGUUGCUGCCGCCGCUGCUAUUUGCGCCGCUGCAUGAUGGUUGUGUUGUCUUGUGCAUUAUAUUGCUUGUUAUAAUCUCAAAUUAAACAUUAAUAAUAUUCAUUUAACAAUUUUCAAACGUGUUAAUUUACGUCCUAAAGAGCCCCUAUUUAUCGAUAAAUACAGGAUGAUUCACUAAGCGUGCUCAUCACAUUUUUUUGUCAAAUUUUGCAUGUAUUCAAAUUCAGACUUUUGGAAUUUCUAAAUGUAGUUAAAGCCGAUAUUUUGGAAUAUUUAGAUUUAUCACAACAUUUUAGGAGUAUACUGUGGCGAUAAAAACUUUGGUUUUUCAAAUAAGAACCUAUAUUAAAAAUUUCAUAAAUAGACAGAGUAUUACUUUAAAUACAUGUUUAUGUUAACAUUUUUGAUUUCCGUCAACCCUUUAACGAGGUAUUCCACUUUUAAGAUUAGGUAAGGGAGAGUGGUGUAGUAUAGUUUGUGUGGUAGCACGGCGUGUGACGUUUUAUAAAUGCUCCACUACUCUCCCUCUACCUAAACUUAUAAGUGGAAUAUCUCGUUAACGGAUUGAUGGAAAUCAAAAAUUUUAACAUCAAAAUUUAUUUAAAGUAAUACUUUGUCUAUUUAUGGAAUUUUUAAUAUAGGUUCUCAUUUGAAAAACUAAAGUUUUUAUCACCGCAGGAUGCUCUUUAAAUGUUGUGAAAAAUCGAAUUAAUCAAAAAUACUAUAGAUGGAAAUUCCAAAAUUUGAAUUUGAACCUUAUGCGAAAUUUGACCAAAUAAAUGGGGUGAUCAUGCUUAGUGAAUUACCCUGUAUAAUAUACUCAUAUGAGACGAUUUUUGCAAUUAUCAGACCCGGCGUCAUGUUAUAGAGUAUUUUGUAAUUAACAUUAUUACAAAGAUGAUUAGUAAACAUAUAAAACAUGUACUUACCUAUAUUUAUAGAGUUACUAUAUAAAUUAUUGUUGACAGUCUUGGCAGCAUAGAUACUUUAUAUUUAUGUUUUACAUAAUAAAAGAUUAUUAUCGUGAAUUUAUGUAGGUACACAAAAAAUCAGUUUAAAAAUUUUACAAACAAUGAUAGUUAAUGUUUAUUAUGGGUUAUAUGAUGUUAUAUUUUGUAUUUUACGAAAAUAAGUAAGGAAUAACUUUCCAUUCAAUAUAAGAAUAUAACAGUUUCUAAUAAUAAGAUGAAUUCCUAUAGAUAUUUUACUGUAAAAACCAAUUUACACACAUCACUUUACACUUUACAGAAAUACAUUUUGAAAACUUAAUCUUACACAAACGAUUUUAAAGUAACUAUAUGUACUAAGGUUUGUAUAGUAUAUAUUAUGUACUGUACAAACGUAAUAAUAUGUAUUAUCAAAUAAAAUACACACAAAAUAUAAUAUAUAUAUAUUAUGUAUACAGAAAUACAUAGGUUACACUAUACAAUCUCUCAUAUAAUUAUGUUAUUAUUAUUGGUUUUUUUUCUUUCACACGCACAUCACAAUACCAUCACCACUCUCACCAAAACAACCACAACAAUUAUUCUACUUUCGAAUACUAUCAAUAAUCCAAUUCUACAACCAUGUAGAGCAAGGAGGCCGGAAUACGAACAUUAGUCGCGCUCGACGACCAGGGAGGUGAGUUGUUGCAGUUCUUUGCUGUCGCCGUUGCUACGGGAUCUUGUGUACUAUUAAAGAACACAAUUACACACACAUAUAUACAAACAAACAAACAAACACACACACACACACACACACACACAAACACACAUCAUAUUAUUAUUAUUAUUCACAGAAAAAGUGCACGCGCGCUAUUCACAUUGUUAUUAUCAACUUGUUUUUAUUUAUGUUUUCCAAAAUAAACAUAAUAAUGAUGAUAAAUAAUUUAAGCAUUACCGUCGGUUUAAACCGUUUUUCAAAACGCACUAAAAUCACAAUUUCACAGAUGUAUCAAUAAAAAAAAAGAAAAAAAAAAAAAAAAAAAAAAAAAAAAAAUACCAAAUCAAUUGAUAAUAAUAACUGUUAAUUUAUGUAUAUAUUUAUUAUUUAUAUAUAUUAUAUUCAUGUACAUCUCAUUAAUCACAACAACACUACACAAACACUUCUAUACCACUAAUAUUCAAAGGAAAAAAUAAAUACAAAUGAAAGGCAAAUAAUAUUAGACAAAUAUGGGAUUUAUUCUAUGUUAAAGGGUGUUGGUCUAUAUUAUAUUCACAAUAAAAUGUAUAUUUUGCUUAACAAAAAAUUAUUUUUAUAAUAUAGUUUUUAAGCUUGAUUAAUGAAUAAUGCACAGAAUAAAUAAAGAUAAUUUGUAUCUUUAAAUAAAUAUGUAUUAAAAUAUAUAUUUUAUAUAUAUAUAUAUAAAUAUAUAUAUAUGUAUAUACUAACUACUGAAUAAUAUUUGUACCUAAUAUUUGGUGACUAUAUGUUAUAGAUGGUAUUAUAGUAACUUAUAUAUUUGUUGCUAUAAAAACUUUUAUAUUAUUUAAAUAUUUUGCUUUACAAACUAUAUUAUAUUAUAACUUUUUUUUUUCUUUUUUUAUUCCACAUAAUGUAUUUAGCAUUUUUGUGUUUAUUAUUUUAUUUUUUCAUAUUUUAUAUUUUAGAGUGUAGAUGUUGGCACAAAAACAAUAGAAAAUUUGCACAUUCAAGGCGGUAAGACUUAUGUUGUCUAAGGUUAUUUUAUUAAUUUGCUUUAAAUUUCUUUCUACAUAAAUGUUUCUAAUUUGUAUGUUUUAAUUAAUUAAAUAUUUCUUCGGGGGUGAAUAAUAUCAUAAUAAUAUGCCACUUAUACAUAAUACAUUUAUUUGGGUACAUAUAUAUAAAUAAUAGAAUAAUACCAAGACAUUAGUGUAUGUGUGUAAAAUUAUUUCAAAUAAUUAAUAAGUAUUAUUAUGGUAUAUUUUCAUUAUUUUACCCUGUAAAUUUGUUUCCUUAAAACUUACAUUUUUACUUAUUUUUCCUCGUUUUGCAUAUAAUAAUUUUAUGUAGUAGUUAUGUUAUGUUGUGUUGUUGUUAUCAGUGGUAUGGCGAACUAUUUUUAAAAUGUUAAUUCCUUGUAGGUUUUUAAGAAUGGGUGGAUAAAUAAUGACUAUUAAAAAAAUUAAAGUAUAACUAUUAUUAGCUAUUUACGUAUAUAGUUGCUAUAUAGGUAUCUAUGUAGUAACUUUAACUAGAAAGUCCAAAAUUAAUAUAAUAUCAAAUUGUUAAUAUUUUGUUAAUUUUAUUUGAUCAUUUACCCAUAGUAUGGGUACUCAAAAUAAUACCUAUGUAAAUGUUUUGAUUACUUAUAAUACAUUUAAAUUCGCCACACCACUGGUUAUAAUUAUUGACUUGUUGUUUGAAUUCGUCAUUUAUAAUUUGUCCUGUUUUACCUUAAUCGUUCAUUUAUUGUGUGUCUUUUUAACUCAAUCAAUUUAGAUAACGAAAUAGAUGUUAAACAUAAAAUAGAUACAUACUUAGUCACCUAGAUAAAAAUCCAUGUAGACGUGUACCUAUAAUAAUAUUUGUAUGUGUGUAUAUAUGUAUAAAUAUAUAUAUUUAUAUAUAUAUAUAUAUAUAGAUAGAUUUAGAUAGAACACAAUAAAUAUCAAAUAUACAUCGACAUAAUCCUCAUCAUUACGACAAAGGUUGUUGUUGGUGAUUAUUUUUGUUGGUUUUUUUUUGUUCAGAGCCACGAAGUCGGGAUGAGAUCUCUUGUGAUGUUGGACGAACAAGGGGGUAAGACAUUAAUAAAAAAAAAAUCAAAUAAACAAACAAAAUUUAAAAAUAACAAUAUACCUAAUACGAAAAUUUGAGACGCGAUAAAUGGCAGUAAGUUGGAUUCAUAGACAUAUGAACUAAGUCUAUGAUAGUUGGAUUACUUAUAUUAUAUAAGUAUAUCUAUAAUAUCACUGUAAAAAUAUUCUUUAUUUAAUAUAUCUUUACAUAAUUGGUCAUAUUAAAUAUUUUUUAAAUAUGAUUAUAUAAAUCUAUGAAUUUAAGUAGGUAAUAAUGUUCAAUUUUCUUUAUUCAUAUAUUUUAAUUAAUACUAGAAUCUACAACACAUGUAAUUGUAAUAUAGUUUUGAUAAUGAAAUCAAAUAAUCAUUAAUUUAUAAUUUAACCUUUCAGUGGUGUAACUAUCUGAAUAUUCUCUUAAUCAAAAAACUUUAUGAGAUCAUUAAACUAGGCACCUAUAUUAAAAUAAUAAAUCUAAAUAAUUUAGUAUAUUUAAAAAAAAAUUCUAUUGAAAAUUAAAAAUAUUCCAUAAUUCGUUAACAGGUUUGAAUAAGUAGUUAGUAGAUACUUAUUUGAGUUUUUAAUUUAUAGUUUUUUUUGGAAAUAUUACUUAUGGUUUAUAGGUUAUUAAUACGCUCAAUGGCGUAGCCAUGAUUUAUCAAUGGGAGGAGGAGGGAAGAUUAGGGGGUUUAUUAGUCUAAAAAAUUUUGAACCAUACCUAUACCUAAAAAAAGAAAUAGAGGGGGUUACAACAUCCAAUCCUCUCCUGGAUACGCCAUUGAAUACGCCACUGAAUAAAUAUAUCGAUGUCAAAAAUUAAUAAAACAACAACAUACAUAAUAUAAACAAAAUAAUAUAUUUUCUUUUUCAAAAUAUUUAUUCACUAAAAUACAAAUGUGAAUCUGAGGAAAACGUUUAAAACCUAUACUUAUUUGUCUAAAACUAUAAUAUACCUAAUAAAUAUCUAUAUUGAGGUACAAAAUACUGCCGGUAAUGUUCUUUAAUAUGAAUAAUUUUUUUGAUUGAUUGUAUAUAUAUAUAUAUAUUAUAUGUGUUUAAUAUAAUAUAUAUAAACUAAUCAUUUUUAUUCAUUAUUCAUAAUAAAGACUUGAAUGUAUGAUAUUUUUAUAAUUUUUAUAUGUAAAACACUGCGCGUCUAGUCAAAUAAUUUAACUAUCACAUUUAUAAGAAAAAUCACUACACACCAAAACAAUAUAAUUAUAUACACUUUUAUACCUGACUUUACAUAGAUCAAUAAAUUAUUAUUCUUUUUUGUCUAAUCUAUUUUGUUUUUUUUUAUGCGUGUAUGUGUGUUAUGCGUGUGUAUGAUUGUGACAUUUUCAAAAAACCAUAGAACAAUUGGACCGGAUCGAAGAAGGUAUGGAUCAAAUUAAUGCUGACAUGAAAGAAGCCGAAAAGAAUUUGACGGGCAUGGAAAAGUGUUGUGGAAUAUGUGUGCUGCCUUGUAACAAGUACGAUGAGUAUCUAAAUAGAUUUUUUCUGCGUUUUAAUUUUUAUUUUUAAUAAUAAUGUACUUGCGCGUGUUUGCAGGUCAGUUUCGUUUAAGGAAGAUGAAGUCACGUGGCGGGGAAAUGAUGAUGGUAAAGUUGUUAAUAACCAACCACAACGUGUGAUGGACGAACGCAACGGCAUGGGCGCACAAGGCGGUUACAUAGCAAAGUACGUCUACUUGUAUACGCUAAGGACAUUAUUUGGGAGGCUAGCAAAAGUUUGAAUGGUCAAUUAAUAUAAACGUUAAUAUUGGCGGUUCUUGAGAAGGCGUUUAUUCAAAUCUGGAUUCGUUGAAACGUUCUUAUAAUGUAGGUACAACAUGAAUCAUAUUCGACAAGAGUUUGAAAUUACAAUUAUUUAAAUCGUUUUUAUUACGAAUCUUUAUUUUCUUUUAACUCGUAUAUCUUGAAACUUAAUUUCGGUUUUUUCUUGCAGUACAAAGUACAAUCAUCUUAAUCGUUGUUUACACGAACUAUUAUUAAUUUUUUAUCUUAUUUUUCACUGUAGUGAACGAAAGACGACCUUAAAUGAUUAUCAGUUUAUCACAUCAUCACAUUACCUAGGCUGUAAUGUUCUGUGAUAGUAGGUAUCUAUAAAAUAUUGUACGAUUCAUUUUACUAUUAAAAGUUUAAGAUUAUUUUCUAAUAAUAUGGUAUAAUUAUUAUGUCAACUCAAGACUGCGCUGGUUUAAUCCUGUAUCAUUUAUCAGUGUAAUGUUAGUUCAUUUUAGUGUAUUUUUCAUAGGAUCAGAAGCUGUGGAGGCGAGGAGUUAAGGGGGGCGUAUCCCUAAUUACCUAAAUUUUCUUAAAUAUAUAUAAUAAUAUACAGUGUGAUUUUUAAAGCAUCCUACCCUAUUCGUAAGAUUAAAUUAUGCAUACAUACUACAAAGUGUAGACAAUACUUUUGAAUACUUAGAUUUUUCACAAUACUUAUGGAGUAUCAUGUGAUUAACCAACUUUGGUUUUUUAAAUGAGAGCCUACAUGUUUUGCAGAUUUUUAAUUAGAUCAUUUUUCUGAAAAUGUUGACGUAUUGUAAUGGACAUUUGUUAUUCUACUUUAAACACUAAGGCUAAUAGCCUUUUAUGGGUAUUAGAUACAGACUGUUUCAUAGAAGUCGUGUAUAGGCAAUUUUUUGUAUUUUCGUACAGUUGCCUUUAGUAUUUAAAGUAGAAUAAUUUAAAAACAUUAGGUUCAAAUUUCGAUUAAAAUAUGUCAACAUUUUCAGGUAAGCAUACUUAAAGAUUAAUUUUGUGUAUUAUAUCAUCAGUAAUAAAAAAAAUGAUUUAAAUAAUAAUAGUUCUUAAAAAUUAUCUUUAACCCUUUCAAAGCAAAAUCAUUUGUUCGCUACUGUAUAGAAUGACAAUUAUACAUAAUAUAUUUUUUUGAAUAAUUACCAUAUCACAAUUAAUCGACUCAUGACAGUGUUCAUUAAAACGCAUCUCUUUUUUAAAAAUAUAAAGUUUAGAAAAUAUGAUGAAUCAAUGAAACAAUUUUCAAACUUUUGCUAUGUGUCCUUUAUUUAGAACAGCCCGAAUUACUUUAACUUUAAAAUAAAACCAGCUUUAUGAUAUCUAACUAACGUGUUAUUGAUCAAAGUAAUUAAUAAUACAAAUUAUAAUAAUAAUAUAUAUAUAAAGAUAUUUUAGAUACUUAUGGUGUUUUAAUCACAAUACAAUUUUUAAUUGCACUUAGGCGCGAGAAGGUCUGUAAUAACACAGUUUUCGAUUGUUUUAAAAAAAAAAAAAAAGAUUACAGAAGAAAGAAUACAGAUAUCUAUUUUCAAUUGUGCGUUAGAUUUUACUGCCGGUUGUCUAUACAUACCUCUUUAAACAUAAUAUUUUUUUUCUCAUGGCAUACGGCUUAAGGGGCUUAAUAAGUAACUAUCGAUAUUUUUUAGUGUUGUGUUACGAGCAGAUUUCUACAGAGCUUCCCGUAUUCCUAUCUAGUACAAACAAUCUGGUAUAGACAUGUUAAGAAAUUAUGUUUCCCUGAUGCCUAUGGUCAUGACUGGUGCUAACUGGUGGGGAGUGAAAACUGGUCGCAAAAGCGGUAUAUUCUCUUUUGAAACAGGAUAUAUCUUCUAUCCAAGCACCCCAGAAAUGAAAAAAUUGAUUUCAAAAUAUUUAAAAGGACCUUAGAGAGAGUAAAAGGAAAUUAUUUGAACAAGUUACUGUGUAGUACCGAACAAGAUUAUUCGCGGGAUAGGGAAUGUAAUUUUUUCUGUUUGUACAAAAGAAUAGAUAUGGGUUAAAGUCAGUGCAUCGUUGCUAUAUGUAUUUGGUUUUUCGAAUGAUCUAAACCAAAGUAAUAGAGUUAUUGGGUAACAAUCAUAAGGUAUUUGUAGUAGAAUUAGUAUUUGAAAAAUUAAGCCAAUUUAAAUACCAUAGAACUACCAUUAGGAGUAGCAAUGACUGGCGCGUAAAAAUAGUAAACCGCAUACACAAAGCAGAAAAAGCUUAUUAUGCAUUAUUGAUAUUUUCCAAUAUCUAUUUUCGUUAUUUUUUUCCAAUUUUCAUAUCCAUUAUCAAUUUUCCACUGUUUAAAUUAUUCUCAGGAAGAAAGAAGUUAAGACUAUAUAUAACUGUAGUUAGACCUAUGCUAAUAUAUGGAUGGGAGGUGUAAACAAUAACAGCAUAAAUGGAGAAAAGAUUACUAUCUUUUGAGAGUUAAGUAUUGAGAAAAAUCUGUGGUACACUACUGCAUUAUUUGAUGAAGAAUUGGGUUCUUGGUGUAGAAGAAUAAACACCGAAAUCCGAGAAAUUAUGGAGAAGCCCAAGGUAACCAAAAGCUCAACAAUUACAAUGGUCAUAUUAUGAGGAGAGAUGAAACAAAGACUGUGAAGGCAGCUAUAGAAUACCAUCUAAAUUGGAAGGCCGAGGGGUAGACCGAGGAAGAGAUGAAGUGAAGCAAGACUUAAGAACGAUGGAAAUAGAAAAUUAGAUGGAUAUUGUUCAGGAUAAGGAUAGAUAGAAAGCUGUGACGAUAGUGGCGAAGAGUCAUAAAGCCAAAAAGAAGAAGAAUUGAAGCCACGCUUAUGUUAUCCCUUAUGUACUCAUUCUCUAUCCUAUUUCCUUUCGCCACUCUCAUUCACAUUAAAAUUUUUGCUAUACUCAUUUUCUGUUUUUUUUGCCUGUCUAUUGUCUAAUACUCUGAACCAUACAACAUAGUUGCUCUCACUUUAUUCUUAUAGAACUUUCCCUUAAGAGCAUGUUAAACCCGUAUCUACUGCCUUAGUCUAACUACCGGGUAACAUACAAAAAUAAUGCUUACAUAAUAGGUAAAACCAAUUUAAUUUUGAUUUUACAAUAAAAGCAUCAAUUAUGAAAUUUAUAGAGAACUAUAUUUUGCGGGAAAUGUCAUAGAGUUUUUGUAUUAUUCAAAAUAUACAGCUCGACAUAAAAGAUAUAAAAACUUUUUUUUUUUAAAUAACUUACUUUUUUAGUAGUAAUUCAAAAAAAUACCUAUGACAUUCCCUCUAAAAUAUUGUUCUCUAUACAUUUCAUAAUAGAUACUUUUAUUCUAAAAUCUAAAUUAAGCUAGUUUUACUUAUUCUAUGUAAGCAUUGUUUUUGUAUAUUAUUUGGGAGUUAGACUGAAACAGUAGAUGUGUGUGUAUGUCUUGUGAGUGAGCUUUAAAUACAUAUACAUAGGCUAAAUACUAUGCUGGUGACACUUGUAUAAUUUUUAGAACUAUAUUCACAAUGUAGGUACAUAUUGUACAGAAAUAAAAGAUUUCAUACCUAAAUGCAUAAGGUCUACAUACUUAUAUUAUAAUUUAUAAAAUAUUGUUGUGUCUUACAAUGUAAAAAUUAAGUUACCAAAUAGAUAAAUAUACUCAUUUGUAUUAUAUUCGAUUGGUAUAAGGAUUAAUCAGGUGUCAAAUCUUCUGAUUAUUAGUAGAUAAUUUAUACACAAAUGUUAGUAAUUUUUUAUAUUUAUUUACAUAGAAUUACUAAUGAUGCAAGAGAAUCUGAAAUGGAAGAUAAUAUGGGGCAGGUCAAUACAAUGAUUGGAAAUCUCCGUAACAUGGCACUUGAUAUGGGAAGCGAAUUGGAGAACCAGAAUAGACAAGUUUCACGGAUAAACAUGAAGGUUUUAUUUUGUACUCUUGUAUUUUUGUUUAAAAGCUGUAAAUGAUUUUGUUAAGAGGAAAUUAUACUUAAAUGUGCUAUUGUAUCAGUCCAACUAAAGGCAAUAUAGCAAAACCUACUUUAUGCAGAUUGCAUAGAAUUUGAUUAGUUUUGAUUUAAGAGUAAAAUCAAUAAUUAUAAAAUUAAAAAAGGACAAUAUUCUAGAGGGAAAGACAAUGUGUUUUUCAUAUUAUUCUAGUUCUUAUUUUGAAUAUAAUCUUCAAUACAUCAUUUAGAAAUAAAAACUAAUUCAUCGCUUUUAAAUGACUGUAACAUUUCAAAUGAAUAAAUAAAUAAUAAAUAAUUUAAAAAAAGAACCUAUCUUCUUGCCCUCCUGAAUAUUAUGCUCUUUUAAAUUUAUAAUAGGUCAUUUUUCUCUAAAACCAAAGUUAAGCAAGUUCUAUUCAGUCUAUGUAAUGUAAAUUUUGCUAUAUUGCCUGUUGGUUGGACUUUGAUAGCAUAGAAUAUAGCGAAUAGCAGAUAUAAUGUUAUAUUCAGAGACCCAGUGUUAGCAUGGGUUUUGGCUCAAAAACAUGCUUUAGUGGAAAAACUCAUGUUUUAAAGAGUGGUUCGAUUUUGAUUAUUAUUUUUUUAUUAAAAUAAAAAAAACUUUUUACUGACCUACAUUGAACUCUAUUCAAUAUUUUCAUCCUAAACUUUAUAAUACACAUUUAAGAAAAAAAAACAAAAUUAAACUUUUAUUAAAUUUCCAACCCUUAAUACUAAGAAUUAAAAGUGAUACUAAACAAAUUUUAAAAUUGAAAUACCUAGAUCAAAAUUUUGAAAAAUAAAUGUUGGAAAUUAUAUGAUAGUUGUCUAGAAAAUAACUACUAUGCAUUUUGUUUGCUAUAAAUUUCCAUUGUGCAUUUUAUAUAUGAUAACAUAACUUUUAUAUGUUGACAAAUUAUUUCAGGCUGAAUCUAAUGAAACAAGAAUUUCAGUGGCUAACCAGCGAGCUCAUGAAUUACUCAAGUAGUUUGAUUAUGAAUGCUGAACAACUGCUAAUGUUUUACAAAUAUCUUUUUAUUAUUGCUACAGCUAUCAGAAAUAUAAUCUUUUUUUCUAAGUUGAUAAUUCUUUAAAUUGUAUUUAUAAAAUUUA